GCGGCGGGCACGCGCGCCAUGAACCCGAAGGCAAGCGGUGAGGAGGAGGACUGCGUGGACUCGGGCGCCGAGACCGGAGGGUCCGACUACAGCCAUCUGUCCUCCACCAGCAGAGGAGGGGAGAAGCACUAGGUACCUGGCACCCAGCAAAACCCAGAGUUACCGUGGAAUUCUUCAAAGUAAUAAAGGGCCAGAUGAAGGCUUCCUUGCUGGUACAACCAGGUCACAAGCCUAAGAAGGUUUGACGGGCAUGGCUGGCUCCGUCCCCAGGGCGUACAUACUCUGUUCUCAUCUGGGCUUUGCUGCCUAGAGCUGAGUUGCUUCUCCUGGCUCCCUGCAGAACCUCCACACUCCAGGAAUUUGGACGGAGUGGUAGAGACAUCGCCGGCAGAGACGGCGAUCGCCAGCUUCCUCCCUGGGGUGUCUUGUGAUUCAGAGCACGUUCUGCUCCACUCUUUUUAAAAGAGCAGCAUGUUGAUGCUUGAGACACAAGAGCAGAAUCAAACAAGGAAGCCGCCAUUUGAUCAAGGAGUCGGAUCAGGACUUUCCCGAGGCCAAACGUGCAGGAAGUAACAGGAGCAGAUCUUCAAGCACGUGAUUGAGUUUUCAAAAGGAUCCCAGCCCAGUCAAGCAACCUUGACAGGUGCCCAGCUUCCAUGCCGCCUCUCCUGCUGGCCACCCUCUUUCUUCUCUCCUCCUGCUCCUCAGCAGGAGGAAGCAGCCCCCUCAGGGAAGGCCUGUGGUUGCUGAAGACCGAGUUUGCCCUUCACCUCUACCGGAGUGCAGCAGCAGAGAGGAACGGGACAAACUUUGUCAUCUCCCCGGCCAGUGUGUCCCUCUCCCUGGAGAUCCUGCAGUUUGGAGCCCGGGGAAACACUGGCUGGCAGCUGGCAAGUGCCCUGGGGUAUACCGUGCAAGACCCGAGAGUGAGAGCAUUCCUGCACGCUGUUUAUACCACACUGCACAACUCCAGUCAGGGCAUCGGGAUGGAGCUGGCCUGCACCCUUUUCAUGCAAACCGGAACGUCUCUGUCCCCCUGCUUUGUGGAGCAGGUCUCCUGGUGGGCCAACAGCAGUCUGGAGCCAGCCAACUUCAGUGAGCCCAACAGCACCACCCUGGAGGUCUCUAAAGGCACACCCAGACAGAGCACAGGUGAGGGCCCAGGUAGCCCACUGUGGGGACGGGCUGGUGCCCUGUCUACUCAGCUCUCCAUCAUGAGCACCAUGACCUUCCAAAGUACCUGGCAGAGGAGAUUCUCUUCCCUGGCCUGGCAGCCCCUGCCUUUCACCUGCGCCCAUGGCCUCAUCCUUCAAGUCCCAGCGAUGCACCAAGUGGCAGAGGUCAGCUAUGGUCAGUUCCAGGAUGCUGCAGGCCAUGAAGUAGAUGUUCUAGAGCUGUUGUACCUGGGAAGGGUGGCCAGUUUGUUUCUGGUGCUUCCGAAAGACAAGGACACCCCUCUGGACCUCAUUGAACCGCACCUCACAGCCAGAAUCAUCCAUCUCUGGGCCACCAGGCUGAAGAGAACCAGGAUGGAUGUGUUCCUUCCCAGGUUUCGGAUCCAAAAUCAGUUUGACUUAAAAGGCAUUUUAAGAUCAUGGGGUAUCACUGAUCUUUUUGACCCACUCAAAGCUAACUUGAAAGGAAUUUCAGGACAAGAUGACUUUUAUGUUUCUGAAGCAACCCACAAGGCCAAGAUGGAGCUUUCAGAGGAGGGCACCAAGUCAUCGGCAGCCACAGCCGUGCUGCUGCUGAGGAGGUCCCGGACUCCUGCUUUUAAAGCAGAUCGGCCCUUCAUCUUUCUUCUGAGAGAACACAGCACAGGGUUUGUCUUCAGUAUUGGGAGAGUUUCAAAUCCCCUUGACUAAAAUAGCACAUCUCAAGAAUGUUCUAUGUAUGCUUUCCUUCAUAAAUAUUUACAAUUUCUUUUAAGGGUAUGUGAUUUCCAAAUAUUAUUAAUCUAAAAAUAAUUCAUUAAAAAAAUAAUUUUGGAAGCUUUUUUCCCCCUCAAUUAUUCCAAAUCUAAAAAUCCUAACCUUUUCUACUGUAUCCCUCCAAACCACUAAAAGGCACAGCAGUGAUCUAUGAAUGGGUGCACGAGUCAGGACACAGGGUCCCAUCCUGUGUAAGGGUGUGCAGCCCUGUGAGGAUAGAGAACAUAAGUACCAGAUAGCCUCAUCCUGUGCAAGUCCGGGGCAAACGAAAAGAGCACAGUCAUCUUCUAAGUAACAGUCUCAGUGUCAGAACCAAGAGAUCCCCUCUGAGUCACCAUGUCACGGACUCAUGUAAGCAUGACAUGGGACCAAAUUACCACAUACUAGACAUUUCAGAAUGUGACAUAAACCUACCAUGCCCUAACUAAUGGCUAGACUUGAGUGUCAUCCAAAUCCUGUGAGAAAGGUUAAAGGGUGCUAGGAAACUUGUAAUACCCCCAGUAAUCUACUUUUAAAAUUGUUUUUUAAAACGUGUCUGUCUGUCAACCAUAGGCAUAACCAUUCCCAUUAUCUAAGUAAGAGUGGAAUAUGCUGGCAUGGCCAACAAAAACUAAGAACAUAUAUUAAUAAAGACAAUGCAGGUUAUGUAACAUAUAAUUA